AUGGCUCGUUCGGUAGCGCCUCUAAACAAGGACUCGUCCAUCCUCAUCAUCGGAGCGGGCACAUUCGGUAUCAGUACAGCCUACCAUCUAGCUAAGCGUGGCUAUACCAACAUCACCUGUAUCGACCGCCACCCAUGGCCUAGUCUAGACUCUGCUGGUCAUGACUUGAACAAGGUGAUGCGAACUGAGUACGACGAACCACUUUAUACGCGACUUGCUUUAGAAGCACUUGACGCUUGGAGAGAUCCUGAAUGGCAUGAUGUCCUUUUUGAAACUGGGCGUAUUACUACUACAACGGGCGACAAGAAAGCCGAGUCUUUUCUUGAAAAGUCUUAUGAGAACCUCAAAAGGGCGGGAAAGGCUAGUAAUCUAGAGCUCAUCAGUGGUAGAGACGAGAUUGUCAAACGUGUCCCCCAACUGAAAAAUGCUGUUGGGAUCGAGAACUGGAAGGGUCUUUACAACAGUCUUGGCGGAUGGGUCCACGAUCGAAAGGCCCUUGAGAAAUGGGCCUUCAAGUCUGAGCAGAUGGGCGUCAGAUUCAUCUCUGGCCAUGCUGGUACUAUGACUGGCCUUGAGCUCGAUGCUUCUGCCUCAAUGACUGGAAUUCGCGUCGCUUCUGGUGAGGUUCUUCAUGCGGAUCACUACAUCUUGAGCACGGGCGCUGCAUCGCCACAGCUACUACCCGAGCUGUCGCAGCAGUUGUGGUCAAAGUGCUGGACUUUGGGUCAUAUACAGCUUACUGAUGAGGAGGCUGCUGAGUGGAAGGGAGUCCCUGUGAUUGAUAACUAUGAACUUGGGUUCAUGUUUGAACCUGAUCCCGAUACAAAGUUGAUCAAAAUCUGCGAUAACAACCCUGGCUACCAAUACCAGAAAGGCACCUUUGUCGAUGAGGACGGCAAAACUAGCAGAUACUCCAUCCCCCGCUACUCCAGCAACCACCCCCAAGACGGCAUUCCACGUGAAGCGGAAGUCGCCAUAAGAAAAUUCAUCAACACCGUGAUGCCCCAAUUCUCCGACCGUCCCCUUCUCGAUGCUCGUGUGUGCUGGUGUACUGAUUCACCAGAUGCACACUGGCUCAUCGAUCGCCAUCCCAAACACCCUGCUCUUCUUCUUGCGACAGGCGACUCUGGACACGCGUUCAAAAUGUUUCCGAUUAUCGGAAAGUAUAUCGUUGAUGCACUGGAAGGUCAUGAGACAGGGUUGAGGAAGGAAUGGGCUUAUGGAGAACGGGUUGCGAAACCGACUUCGCAUCGACCUGAUACUGAGAUUAAGGACUUGAGGGAUGUCAUGGAUCUCAAAAAUGAAACGAAGUUGUAG